UCUCUACAUCUAUUUUAGGGCCUUGUCUACAUCAACAUGCCGUGACGUGUACCAACAACAUCAACAUUCAACGUGGUAGCUUUGCGAACCCAUAGGCCCAUAGGAACCCAUAGGAACCCAUGUCAAUGUGGAAUUCAGAUUGAGCAGGAAUUGGGUGGAAUCCAGUAAAGGAGUAAAGUGAAAGUGGAGUAAAGCCAAGGAGCUUUGUAGCGUGUUGAAUUAUGGAUGACAAGAAGAAUCAGGGAAACAAGAAGGACCAAGAAGAGAAGAAGCCAGUUAAAAAUGCAGUUGAUCUACAAAAGCUUAAACUUGAAAAAUUGUUUAAAAACAUUGAGAAGCCAGUGCACCUGCCUGAACCCGUCAAGAAGCGAGGUUUCUCGGCUGCCCCCGAGUUCGUUCGCAACGUGAUGGGUUCGAGCGCUGGCGCCGGCAGCGGCGAGUUCCACGUGUACAGACACAUCCGGCGGCGCGAGAACGCCCGGCUCAAGUACAUCGCGGAGGAGGCAGCCAAGGAGGAUAAGGACGAGGAAUACCAGCGGAAACUGGAGGAGAAUCGCAAACUGAGCGAGCAGCGCACCGCCAAGAAGCGCGCCAAGCGGCAGAAGAAGAAGGCUCGUCAGCAGGGUCGCGAGAAGCGACCCAAGGUGGCGCCAGCGUCGGCGUCGGCGCCGGCCGAGGGGUCGGAGUCGGAUGACGAUGAGAGCGGCUCGGAGCCGGAGCCUGCCGAGGGAGACAGGGUGGCAGAGGGACAGGGAGAGGGAGAGGGAGGUGAUACGCCUGUGGAACAGAAGAACGCCGAGAGGGACGAGGAACGGACGGCGACGGUGGCGGGGGCAGAUGUGGAGCAUCCCAGGCCAGCCGGGUCGACAGAGCCCGGCUCGGACGAUCCCAGUGCAGCGGUAAAGUGAGCGGUGGCCCCUGAGGUGGUGAAGUGACUGUGACCUGGCAACGUGAGUGUGACGUGAUCGUUGGAGAGAGUGACGGCCAUGGCUACUCUUAAGCUGCUGUCGUUCGUGGUGCGUAACGUAUUUUGUUGUUGUGUGAUGCGGUAUAUCAUUGUCAUAAGAACCACAACAUUCGCUGUUUGAUUGUCUGUAUUUCAUCGUAUUUGACAUGAAGUGUACGAAUAAAUAUCAGCAAAAGCC